UCACGUCGCAGCCAUCACUAGCAUUACUAUACUUCAGGCUUAGCAAGACCCUUCACAAAGAGAAACAUCUCACAAGUCAAGAGGAUGUCGUCGCUAGACAAGACCGUCGCCUUCAUUGGCCUAGGAGUGAUGGGCUACCCAAUGGCCCUCAACCUCCGCUCGGCACUCGACGACUCGUACAAGCUCCUCAUUUGCGACGUCUCAGAGGCCGCCCUCUCCAAAUUCCAGUCCGAAGCGUCCGGUAAAGGCCCCGUCGAAGUCAUCAAGAGCGGUCACGAGGCCAUCAACAGCGCCAACACAGUCAUCACUAUGCUGCCGACCGCUAGAGCUGUGGAAUCAGUCUACCUCGACGAAAAGACGGGCAUCAUCCCAGGUGCCAUCGCCACCGCCUCAGAAUCCAACCCACGACAAAUCCUGAUAAUGGAGUGCGGAACCAUCGAGACCUCGACAAUCCUAAAAGUCGCCGAGGCCGCAAAGGAAGCCGCACCGAAACUUCCCAAGGGCACAGUAGUGGACUUUGUCGAUGCCCCCGUGUCUGGCGGUCCCAUGGGCGCCCAAGCCGGCACUUUGACCUUCAUGGUCGGUGCAACGGCCACGGGUCCUUACGAGCACGCAAAGAAGUACCUCCAACAUAUGGGCAAGAAGGACAGCAUCUUCCACUGCGGCGACGUUGGUGCCGGUACCGCCUUCAAGGUGAUAAACAACUACCUUAGCGCGAUCACGAGUCUUGCGGCGUCCGAAGCUCUCAACAUCGGCGCCAAGAUGGGUCUGGAUCUGAAGUUAUUGACCGAUGUGAUCAACGUCUCGGGCGGUCAGUGCUGGGUUACAUCGCAGUCAAAUCCUGUGCCGGGCAUCCACGCCAACGCCCCUGCGAGCAGAGACUACGAGGGUGGAUUCCGGAUCGAGCUGUGCAACCACGUUCUCGAGAUGGGUAGUUCGCUUGCUGAGAUGGUCGGCGCGAAGACCGUGCUUGAUAAGCCUACGCUUGGUGCGUUCAAGGACGCAAUGAACGACGAGCGGUAUAAAGGCAAGGAUGCACGUGUUGUGUACAAGUGGUUGAAUGAUCAGGGGCGGUAGUGCAGGGAAAAAGGAAAUCUAGAAAGAGCUCAUUGCGGAUAGGGAAAAUAGCAUGUCUGGCAUGGCCACUGGACGAUUUGGAGAUUGUGAAUGCGUCAGCGUAAGGUAGCAAUUACAUCUAUGUGGUGGGUAUAUUCAAGGUG